GAAGAAGAAGAAGAAGAAGAAGAAGAAAACGAGGGAAAAUAAGCAGGAAAAGGUAAACAAGGAGGAAAAGGAAGCUUGGAAAAAAACUUGACCAAGUUGAAAAUGAAUAACCUUGACCCCGAAGAUGCCAUAUUCCUGGUUGAUGCGUUCCUGGAUGAGUGCAAGGUGGAUCAGCAUGGACAAACUAAAGGAGGGUCAAAACAAUCCAAAAAUCUGUGUUUGGCCUGAUGAGGACAAAGAUGGUCAACCUCUGCCAAAAAGAUGUAGAGCUGGAGAGAAACGAAAGCGAGAUUCAGCUACUGUUUCUUCAGCAAGCGUUAAAAGCGUGUCCUGUGCUCCAUCUACCAGCACAACUGAAGACACUGUGAUCAUCGAAAAUUUUGACUCUCUCAUUCAAGAUGUCCGAGACCUCUUGGGAAGUGGUGUUGAACAACCUUUCCCCUCAGACUGGAGGAACAGGCAAACUACCUCUCUGGAGAAUUGGACAGUAAUGAGGCCCUUCAUGGUGAACAAUAUGUUGUCAUCUGAGAAGCCCAAGGAGGGGGUUUGCCAUCACUGUGGACACAAUGCUGCAGUAGUGAUGUGUAGGGACUGUUUACCGCGAUCACUCUACUGCUCAGCCUGUGACCUUUCCACACAUGAGGCCCUGGUGCUUCAUAACAGAGCAUCCAUGGUGGAGGGAUUCUUCAGACACCUGCCGCCAUCCACUUUUGUUCAGCAGCACGAGGAAGGGAAAUUCUCCUAUCAUGAAAAAGAUUGCAUGUUACCAAUCGUUCCUCCCUGCUGCGACUGCUCCACUGGGCAAACAAGCUUUUCCAAGGGAAAGCCAGUUAUUUUAAUUGGAAUGAAUGGAAGGUACAACCUCUUCCUUCCAUCAGUAAACUGCUCCUGUGGAAAAACCUUGCCAGUGACCAUAAGUGAUCUAGUUGAAAGUGGUUACUGGCCAGCAACUGUCAAUUUUGAGACCUUGUACUUGGUGGACUUGUUCACCACGUAUGAGGAUCUAAAAAUCACUGCCCCAGGGAUGUCGAGACAAGCUUUUGUCAGCAUGCUCGAGUGUCGUACCAAACUCUUCGGGCGAAGUGGUAAGAUUUGUGGGGACACAAUGCAGAGGGCCUUCCUCGAAUGGGCCUAUGCCAAAUUUGAGGUUGACGAGCUGUCUCAGUUGCAGUGGAUGGGAACCGCAAAUUAUAUCGUUUAA